CAUGCAUCUUACUCAUCCAAGCCUUGUCAGCUUACGACGCGGGAUGCUUACAGCUUUAUUACACUGCUACCGAUCUCACAUGUCUCUGCGCUCUCUGGUCUGUAAGUGACGAAAUAUUGUUUGCUAGAGCUGAGUAGUGCCGCUGGCUCUGCAUGACAACACCUCACAACUUCAACGAUUCAGCCUGUUCAUCUCAAGCCGGGUGGACAAAGACACAAUAUAUGGAAUGAACGACUCAAUUCCCUGGCCAUACUCCUCAGGCACCUUACGGGAAGCCCUACUAAAUUUCGGGCUCUUCUAUAUCACUGCGGAAGUUGACAGGUACUCCUUUGGCGGAGGCAGGUGAUCAAAGCUUGGGAGUAUCUCUACAGUCUAUCCAAUCCCAGGGUAGAGGGUGUUGAACCUUUUCAGUUCCUAUAUCUGGACUUCCGCCACAACAGCAACGGCUACCUCUGGCUUAUACCUCCUUGAGCCAUGGGGCAGAAGCGCCGUCGCCUUGCCUUAUCCUGCGUUGCUUGCCGUCGGCGCAAGGUCAAAUGUGACCGGACAUUCCCUACCUGUGUCCGCUGUCAGAAAAGUGGCGUUACAUGUGACUAUGUUCCUUAUACCUCCCAAUCCAAUACUACUCUCCCCACUCCUUCUGAAGAAAGUCCGCACGUUGCCCGAGAAGGGUCGGCAAACUCUUGGACGGAAGAGGCAAACGAAUGGCAUGUGCGCUCAAAACAGCACGAGAACGCCCGGCCGUACCGCAAUACCAGCCCAGCAGCCCCGGCUCCUCGAAGCACUGCUAGGACUUCCCGUGAAGACCGUCAUAGGACUUCUAAUCCCUCGACAUAUUUUAUGGCCUCAGGAUCACGGCCAUUAUCUACAGAUGCUCUGUUUGGCGUGAAACGGGCAGUUGCCCCUGAGGCGGCCACAGACAAAAACAGUUUGCAGGGACAAUACUGGGCCCUUCUCCGAGGGAAAGGCCUGAAAACUCAAUAUUUUGGCCCAAGCCAUGCUGGCAGCCUUCUUCUGCAGUUCGAGGAACUUAGCCGCUUUGUCAAGGAUAUCUUGCAACGAUUGCCUACCUUACAAAAGGCAAGGGAAGAGUUCAAACGGCAACGACGCGAGGCCAGGCCCAGUUUGGUUUUGCCCGACCCUCAGACACUGGUAUCAUUGAUUCCCGAUCGGCCAAAGACCGAUGCCCGUGUUCAAGAAUAUUUCAAAACCAUAGAGACGACAUACCGUGUGCUACAUGCCCCAAGUUUUUUCCAAAAGUACAAGGCAUACUGGGGGUCAUCUUCAGAGGCUACGGAGGCAUUCCUGGUCCAGCUCCUUCUUGUCUGUGCUUGCGUCAAUUGCGUCGUCCCUGACGAACCCGCAGCAUUUAUGGGCCCUAGCUCGGUCGGCAGAGACAGAGCCAUCAAAUGGAUCGAAGUAUGCGAGACCUGGCUCGAUCUGCAGAGCCAAAAACAUAUGACACUCGAAGUUUUCCAGGUUCAAGUCCUCAUUGUCAUUGCAAAGAAGAUGAAUUGCGUAAAAGUGAAACGCGAGUGGACUGUGGCUGGGCAUUUGUUAAGAAUGGCCAUGGCUAUCGGCCUGCACCGGGAGCCAUCAUAUCUGAAUACAAAUGUCUCUGUCUUUGAUCAAGAGAUGCGCAGAAGAUUAUGGUUCACCAUCCUGGAACUGGAAGUGCAAGCCACGCUAGACCGUGGCAUGACUGCCAGCCUGGGCCCUUUUGACUGGGACUGUCUGCCACCAUCGAACAUCCAUGAUGAGGACUUGGACCCUGACAUGGAAAGGCUUCCUCCUGCUCGGCCCAUCACGACGUUUACAAGAACCUCAUUCCUUUAUUUAGCCCAACAGCACUUGCCCCUAAGGCUGGAAAUUAUUUCCAGGAUGAACAGCAUUCGAGGCUGUCUCGAAAGCGACUCUGUGAUUGACCUUGAUCAGAAAAUACGGCAGAUCCUCGACGCUUUGCCAAAAUGGACAGACACGGCAGCCCAGGCAAUGUCGCGCGAUCUUUCCGAGAUGGUGCUCUAUGAGUAUCUCCUACUGAUUCAUCAACCAUUUGCCGCACAGGCUGAAGGGCAAACCAAGCAUUUUUAUUCGCGCCUUGCCCGCCGCAGUGUAGCGUUGACGACCUUGAAAACGUACACAGACAUGGCACCCAGCAGUGCAUUGACUUUCGAGGGUCUCCGGAGCGAUCUCUUUCGAGCAAGUCUGGCGAUAUGCCACGACAUUGCUGUCACUGGGACGGCGAAAGAUGAUAUGCUGCAAGAUAAGCCCACAUUGAUGUCCCUCGUUGAACAAGCAGUUGACAUCAUGGAGAACCGCAUCCGACAUCUCGGGCAAGGCUUUCACUCAUACUGGCUCACAUCUAGCGCACUGGCGUUAGUUCGGUCCAAAUUGAUACCAGGCAGAUCAAUAGAAGACCUUGCACAACAAACCGCGGAUCGCGUGGCCACGCUACACCAGUACAUGAUGAAACAACAAUCGCUUCCGCCUGGUUUCGGCAGGAAGGGGGAAGAGGAUACAGCGAUGAGUACCGCCAACACUCUGGUUGGUAUGAGUGGCCAGACUCCUAUCACACAGGGGCUGCCCGAAAUCGAUCCCUUUGGGGCCCUUCGAGACGAUUUUAACGUCUUUUCCGACACACUGUUUGAUUUCGAUAUGCCCGAUAUUUGGGGCAUGGGCGGGUUUCCACAGUUGCAGUAAUACGCAACUAUGAACAGAAGUCGAGUAAUCUUCGGUCACGAAAUAUGGACUUCACUCUUGCUCCGCAGGGAGUAAUCUGUUCUAGUUCGAUCACUCUCGUAGAUGGAGUAGCAAGACCUAAUAUACAGUUGUCAUCUAACUGUCAGUGGUUAUGCCACAGUGCCCCAGGAAGUCUCCAGACCA